CUGCCUAACCGGCAGCGUGACUUCACCUCACACGACUCAGCGACAGCACCAACUACUACUGCUUCUCGUGCUCGUGGCAGACAUUCUCGCCCAUCAUCGUCGCCAUCCUCAGCAGCCAUGUCGUCCCGCAAGGUCUCCAUCUGCAAGUUCGUGGGCACCGUCACCCUCGGUCUGAUGACGGGCGCCUCUUACACGCUUACCACCCUCACCAUUCCGUCCCUCCUCGAGCUUCCCUCCGCCUCGUCGGCCGCAAAGGCCUUGCGCUCGCUCUCGUCUACUGCCUCGGCCAACCUCAACAUCCUCACCACUGUCUCCUGCUCCGCUUUCCUCCUCGCCUUUGGGCUCUCGCCUCGCGGCUUCAGGCAUCCCUAUCUCCUGUACACCUCCUUCUUCUGCCUCGGCGCCCGCAUCGCCGACUUUGCCGCGCCGAUGCUGCUGGGUUCGCCGUCGUCCAGCAACGCCGCUGCACAGAGGAGAGCUGCCGCCGCCCAGCUGCGCAAGGACAAGGCAGCCGCACGGCGUAUGGAGCAGAGCUACGAGAUGCUGGGCUCUGAUGCCCACAGCGACGAGGGCAGCGCCAGCAUCAGCGGCGAGGACUUGGAGGACGACGUCAAUGGUGAGGAGGUGCGUGCCGAGGUCCAGGCCUUUGUCAACACGCAGCUGCUCCAGACCAUCAUUUCGGGCGUCGGCUUUGCGAUGGCUGUGGUUGGGAUCUGGGGUGAUGGUGCGCCAGCCCAGGCUGUUGUCAUUCAGAUCUAGGAGUGGACCUUAGUCUCGUCGAGACGUCGAAUCAAUCACUAGACGCCACUCAACCCUUU